UCCCCGGCCCGCGCCCUCGGCCGGAGGCGGCGGGGCCUGAACCCGAGCGCCUGGUGCCCGCGAACUCACUCAGUCCCUCCAUGGCGUUCAUCCGGAAGAAGCGACAGGAGCAGCAGCGGCAGCUCUACUCCAAGGAGAGAUUUUCCUUGCUGCUGCUUAAUUUGGAGGAGUACUACUUUGAACAGCACACAGCUAACCAUAUUCAGCAUCAAGGCACUCCAAAUGAAAGGAAAAUCAGAGGCUCUUUGAAAAUAUGCUCCAAAUCAGUGAUUUUUGAACCAGAUGCAGUAUCCCAACCCAUUAUUAAGAUUCCUUUGAGAGAUUGUAUAAAGAUAGGAAAAUAUGGAGAAAAUGGAGCCAGUAGACAUUUUGCAAAGGCAAAGUCUGGGGGAAUUUCACUCAUUUUCAGUCAGGUAUAUUUCAUUAACGAACAUAACAUUGUUGCACCAUAUAGAAUUGAAAGGGGAAAAAUGGAAUAUGUCUUUGAAUUGGAUGUUUCAGGGAAAGUGGAAGAUGUUGUGGAGACCUUGCUUCAGCUCCACAGAGCAUCCUACCUUGACAAAUUGGGGGAUCAAACGGCCAUGAUAACUGCUAUUCUACAGUCACGUUUGGCUAGGACAUCAUUUGACAAAAACAGAUUCCAGAGUAUUUCUGAAAAGCUGCACAUGGAAUGUAAGGCAGAGAUGGUGACGCCUCUGGUGACCAACCCUGGGCACGUGUGCAUCACUGAUGCAAACCUGUAUUUCCAGCCCCUCAAUGGGCACCCGAAACCUGUGGUCCAGAUAACACUCCAGGAUGUCCGCCGUAUUUACAAAAGGAGGCACGGCCUCAUGCCUUUGGGCUUGGAAGUAUUUUGCUCAGAAGAUGAUCUGUGCUCUGACAUCUACUUAAAGUUCUAUGAACCUCAAGACAGAAAUGACCUCUAUUAUUAUAUUGCCACCUAUCUAGAGCACCAUGUGGCCGAGCACACUGCUGAGAGUUACAUGCUGCAGUGGCAGCGAGGGCACCUGUCUAACUACCAGUACCUGCUGCACCUCAACAACCUGGCUGACCGGAGCUGCAAUGACCUCUCCCAGUACCCUGUGUUUCCGUGGAUAAUACAUGACUAUUAUAGUUCUGAAUUAGACUUGUCAAAUCCAGGAACCUUCCGAGAUCUCAGUAAGCCAGUCGGGGCCCUAAAUAAGGAGCGGCUGGAGAGGCUUCUGGCACGCUACCAGGAAAUGGCAGAUCCAAAAUUCAUGUAUGGAAGUCACUACUCUUCUCCAGGUUAUGUGCUGUUUUAUCUUGUUCGGAUUGCACCAGAGUAUAUGCUGUGUUUACAGAAUGGAAGAUUUGAUAAUGCAGACAGAAUGUUCAACAGUAUUGCAGAAACUUGGAAAAACUGUUUGGAUGGUGCCACAGAUUUUAAAGAGUUGAUUCCAGAAUUCUAUGGUGAUGAUGUCAGCUUUUUAGUCAAUAGCCUGAAAUUGGAUUUGGGAAAAAGACAAGGAGGGAAAAUGGUGGAUGAUGUCGAACUUCCCCUUUGGGCAUCAAGCCCUGAGGACUUUCUCCAGAAGAGCAAAGAUGCAUUGGAAAGCAAUUAUGUGUCAGAACAUCUUCAUGAAUGGAUUGAUCUAGUAUUUGGCUACAAGCAAAAAGGGAGUGCUGCUGUUGUGGCCCAUAAUGUCUUUCAUCCCCUGACCUAUGAAGGAGGCGUAGACUUGAACAGCAUCGAGGAUCCUGACGAGAAAGUUGCUAUGCUGACCCAAAUCUUGGAAUUUGGGCAGACACCAAAGCAGCUGUUUGUGACCCCACAUCCUCGAAGGAUCACCUCACAGUUUAAAAGUUUGUCCCAAACAUCCAGUCGCAAUGUGUCCCUGGUUGAUUCCCCAGGUGAAGAGUCCUUUGAAGACCUGACUGAAGAAAGCAAAAUCCUUGCCUGGACAAACAUCACCAAGCUACAGUUACACGAGCAGUAUAAGAUCCACAAAGAGGCAGUGACCGGAAUAGCAGUCUCUUACAAUGGCUCUUCAAUCUUUACCACGUCCCAAGAUUCCACCUUGAAGAUGUUUUCUAAAGAAUCUAAAAUGCUACAACGAAGUAUAUCAUUUUCGAAUAUGGCUUUAUCGUCUUGUUUACUUCUACCAGGAGAUGCCACUGUCGUAAGUUCUUCGUGGGAUAAUAACAUCUAUUUUUAUUCCAUAGCAUUUGGAAGACGCCAGGACACAUUAAUGGGACAUGAUGAUGCUGUUAGUAAAAUCUGUUGGCAUGACAACAGGCUAUAUUCUGCAUCAUGGGACUCUACAGUGAAGGUGUGGGCUGGCAUUUCUGCCGAGAUGACAGGCACCAAACGCCACCACUUUGACAUGCUUGCAGAGCUGGAACAUGAAGUCAGUGUAGAUACAAUCAGUUUGAAUGCUGGGAGCACACUCUUGGCUUCAGGCACCAAAGAAGGCACAGUGAGUAUUUGGGACCUCACCACUGCCACCAUGUUGCACCAGAUACCAUGCCAUUCCGGAACUGUGUGUGAUACUGCUUUUAGCCCAGACAGCCGCCACAUCCUGAGUACAGGAGAAGAUGGCUGCCUUAACGUCAUAGAUGUGCAGACAGGCAUGCUUAUCUCAUCUCUGACUUCACAAGAGCCACAGAGGUGCUUUAUCUGGGAUGGAAAUUCCGUUUUAUCCGGAAGUCAGUCUGGUGACCUGUUUGUUUGGGACCUCCUUGGAGCAAAAAUCAGUGAGAGAAUUAAGGGCCACACAGAUGCUGUGACCUGUCUGUGGAUGAAUGAGCAGUGCAGCAGCCUCAUCACAGGAGGAGAUGACAAGCAAAUCAUGUUCUGGAAACUGCAGUAUUAAGUGCCUUUUCCUCUCCUGGAUCAAUGCGACUGCUAACGUAUUGUCAAACUUUAGAAUGAAUUGGUGACUAUGCAAUGACAGUAAUUCGAAAUUUCCCACGUGGAAAAUCUCUGGUUUUAAACUUUCUAAAUCAUGACUUUAUUGAAAGUCACUAAUUGCCAGCUUCUAAGGCAGAUAAAGACACAACAGUAUUCAGGAAAAAACAUUACA